UGAGCUCGGCCGGCAGUGCUGGAGGGUGGGGGGAAAGGUGGCGGCAGACUCGCGAAGGUUCCAGAGGCUCCGCGUGCGGGAGGCGGGCUGAAGUCUCGCGCUUGGUCUGGUGUGCUCGCGGGUUGUGGCCACUGCGACUCGUGCGGCUGAGGUCUGCGCGCGGGGUGAGCGCGCUCGGUGAGGCGUUUCCUGUUCUCGCCGCUGCAGCCCGGGCCUUCCUGACGCAGCACGACCAUGGCUUCAGCUUUGGAAGAGGCCUUGGGUUACCAUGUGCCCUGAGGAAAGUCUUUGAAGUGACUUUACAGUCCUACCUACAGAAAGAUCUAGAAGAAGUGAGGGUGCUGCUGGAAAAGGCCACUAGAAAAAGAGUACGUGAUGCCCUGACAGCUGAAAAAUCCAAGAUUGAGACAGAAAUCAAGAACAAGAUGCAGCAGAAAUCACAGAAGAAAGCAGAACUUCUGGACAAUGAAAAGCCAGCUGCUGUGGUUGCUCCUAUUACAACAGGAUAUACAGUGAAAAUCAGUAAUUAUGGAUGGGAUCAGUCAGAUAAGUUUGUGAAAAUCUACAUUACCUUAACUGGAGUUCAUCAGGUCCCCACUGAGAAUGUGCAGGUGCACUUCACAGAGAGGUCAUUUGAUCUUUUGGUAAAGAAUCUGAAUGGGAAGAGUUACUCCAUGAUUGUGAACAAUCUCCUGAAACCCAUCUCUGUGGAAGGCAGUUCAAAAAAAGUCAAGACAGACACAGUUUUGAUCUUAUGUAGAAAGAAAGUGGAAAACACACGGUGGGACUACCUGACUCAGGUUGAAAAAGAAUGCAAAGAGAAAGAAAAGCCCUCCUACGACACUGAAACAGAUCCUAGUGAGGGAUUAAUGAAUGUUCUAAAGAAAAUUUAUGAAGAUGGAGAUGAUGAUAUGAAGCGAACCAUUAAUAAAGCCUGGGUGGAAUCUAGAGAGAAGCAAGCCAAAGGAGAUACAGAAUUUUGAGAUUUUGAGACUUUAAAGUCCUUUUGGGAACUGUGAUGUGGAAAUAUUGUUGUUUCUUUUCCAAUAAGGAAAUGGUGGUGAGCUGCACAGACAGAUUUGACAGAUAACUAUUUACACAGCCUUCAAUUCUAAGUAAAGGCAGUGAAUUCUCCAUUUCCUACUGGAGAAUUCAAAGUAUGCUUAUUAAACCCUUCCUCCAAAGAUGGUUUCCAUAGUAACUGGGUCAUUUGAUUCAAAAAGGGUAAUGUUGCAUUCCAGUGUGACAUGUUAAAAAAAAACAAGUUUUGCCUGAUGAAACUGCCAUAUUGUGUGUAUUUUUGUUCAGCUAAGAGGUAGAAAACAAGUUAUUGCUUGCCUUUCAGUUCGUGACAUCAGCUCCCACCAGUGUAAGAGUAAGUAAAAAUAAAACCUGAAUUUUUGCAUAAAA